AUGGCGACCACGAAUGUCGCAACGAGCAAUCAUACGUUCGACAACUCCAGUAUAAAUGGUACAAACGGUACAAACGGCUCAACCGACUUCUCCUACGGCUUCUCCCAUACAAACGGCACCAAUGCGAAACCACUUCCAAUUGUGAUAGCAGGAGGCGGCUGUGUUGGCCUUUUUCUAGCCCUCCUGCUCGCUCAAUCUGAUAUCCCCAACAAAGUGAUUAUUAUCGAACCGCAGCAGCCGGACCCCACGUCGACUCGCGCAAUGGCCCAUCAACCACCCACAUACCCUAUCUUGUCCAAGGUUCAAGGUCUACUACCCGAGCUGGUCAAGACAGGAAGUUUGAGCUCAGGUCUGUGUUUCCGAACAAGCGUCCAGACCGGCAGCAAAGUAAUCGCAGGAAAGACCUUUGACAACUCCGGCGAAGGGAUGAAAGGAAAGGGUCAACUGCUACUACCACAAGGAAAGUUCCAGCAAGUUCUCAUGAAGCGCCUAGCUGCUCUGGAAGGGAAAGCAGAAGUGCGAAUUGGAACCAGCGUCACUUCGUUCAAGCCGACACCAAGCAGCGUCAGCAUCCAGAUCACGCCCGAAGCCUCUUCAAUGCAAUUAGGCGACGAGUCCAUCGAGGCAGCCUAUUUGAUCGACGCGUCAGGCGCCCACUCCAUCAUUCGGAAAGACCUUGGUCUCAGUCUGGAAGGCGAGACACUCGACGCCCAGCUCGUAGCUACAGAUCUCUAUUUCGACUUCCACGCCCACGGCUUCUACGACGCAAACUUCAUCAUGGAUCCGCUAAACUACGGUCUCAUCGGCCGUAUAAAUCAUGCAGCAGAUGGUAAGCCAGCGCUGUGGCGUGUAAGUUACGGCGUACCCAUUGGCGUUUCCGAAGAAGAGAUCAAGCGGACCCUGGACGAUAAACUGCGCGUCAUGAUGCCGAACGACGGACGCAAUGAGAAUGGCGACAUAGAAUAUGAGGUCGUCCGGGUAGCACCAUACAAAGCCCAACAACGCCUCGUACGCUCGCUGUACCACCACGACGCCCGCGUCUGUCUGGUAGGCGACGCGGCGCACUUGACGAAUCCGUACGCAGGACUUGGUCUCGCUUCUGGGAUGGCAGACGCAUCUUCGCUUUCAGAAGUGCUCAUCCGCGUUCUCAUGGGCCAGGCUUCUGAUGACGAGAAGCUGUUGACUGCGUGGUCUGACGCGCGGAGGGAGAAAUUCUUGAAUGUGGUUGAUAAGCCAAGCAGGAUGGCAUACAAGCGGGUUAAAGCUGAUGUUAGUACUGAGGACAAGAUACAGGACCUGAUGAGUAAAGAUCCGCUUGUUGGUGCGUUAAAGAAGGGUAUGCCUGUUCAGCCGCCAAGUUUGGAGACGAAGGGAGAGGAGUUGGAGGGCUGGUAA